AUCCGGCGGCCAUCAAGCAACUUCCUCUAGAGGGAGCUGAUCACUGCCGGGAGCCGCUGGCUCCUCUAUGGUCACAAAGUCGCGAGGUUUCCUGGGCCAGGAGACAACCAGAGUCGGCUUUCAGACACCAUGGAUUCGCGGGCUCCGGUUCCUCCAAGUCGGGCCUGAAGCCUUGCAGCUGGGGUCGGCCACCAGCCCUCCGGGAUCUGUCUUCAGGACUGCUGAGCCAUCCCGCAUCUGGACAGGAGCCGGGCAGGGUGACAGUGCUGUCCACCAAGACCUGAAAGAUGGCAUCUGGACAAGGACCAGGUCCUCCAAGGGAGGACUGUGAUGACUCCCCCUCCCCUUCUGCUCCGACCUCAGAGCAGCAGGUUGCCCAGGACACAGAGGAGGUCUUUCGAAGCUACGUUUUUCACCUCCACCAUCGGGAACAAGAUACCCAGGGGGCGGCUGCCCCUGCCAACCCCGAGAUGGACAACUUGCUUCUAGAACCUAACAACGUCUUGGGUCAGGUGGGUCGGCAGCUUGCCAUCAUUGGAGAUGACAUUAACCGGAGAUACGACACUGAGUUCCAGAAUUUACUGGAGCAGCUCCAGCCCACAGCUGGGAAUGCCUAUGAACUCUUCACCAAGAUUGCCUCCAGCCUAUUUAAGAGUGGCAUCAGCUGGGGCCGUGUGGUGGCUCUCCUGGGCUUUGGCUACCGCCUGGCCCUGUACGUCUACCAGCGUGGUUUGACCGGCUUCCUGGGCCAGGUGACCUGCUUUUUGGCUGAUAUCAUUCUGCACCAUUAUAUUGCCAGAUGGAUUGCGCAGAGAGGCGGCUGGGUGGCAGCCCUGAACCUGAAUUUGCAUAGAGACCCUAUCCUGUGUGUGGCGACGAUUCUUGGUGUGGUUCUGUUGGGCCAGUAUGUGAUACACAGAUUCUUCAGAUCAUGACUCCUGGGGAGCCCUUUGGGGCCCCAGCCUAAACCUCUCCUACCCCCCCUCUCCCCUGCAACAGUCCUCUCCUUCAUCCAAGAGCACAGACGCUUUAGCAAACAGGCACCCCUGCUUUGAAGAACCACUGCCCGGGGUCAUCAAAGAGGCACGGAUACCCCAACAUUGCAUGGUGCUAUUGGGCCCUGUCCUGUCUGAGCGGGGCUGACUGAUGCCUUGAAGGGACAAGAGGCUGGGUACGACUUCCCAGGAAGUUUUUAAUGGUUUUUUUUUUUUGCUUUUUAUACUACCCUUUGAGACAAGCCCCCUUUUCUCCCACGGUGCCCAAAGUCAGAACACUGGGGGCCUGGGGACCAGUGGUUCUGACCAGUGUUCCCCGGACUCCUGCUACUUUGGAAGGUCAGGAAUUGAGAGGGGACGUGAGCCCAUGGCCUGGCCCUCCCUGCACUGGCUCCCAGGAACAGGACUGGCUGUAAGGGUUCAUGACCUACUCAGUCCCCCCAUUUCCUACUCCCCCAGUCCCAUCCCCCACUCUUCCCUUCGCCCUUCCAUCCCCUACCCUGUUCCCUUUUGCCCUUGUGGCUGGACUCUCAGGGAUUCUGAGCCCGGAGUGAGGGUGGAGGUGAGAGUUCGGGCCACGGCUGUCUGAACACGUUCAUCAAGGCCCUCCAAACCUUGUCCCUUCCCGGCACCCUUCCCGUUUUCACCCAUCCCCUGACCCAAGGACCACUGCCCCCACCCUGGUGGGUAGGGGAAACCCUCACCACCCUGACCCCUCCCCUGAGCCCUCAGGCGAGCUUGCCUGCUGGGAGGCCUCCUUUUCUGACUGCACAGCCUCAGACUCAGUUGUUAUGACGGGCAGGGGUGAGCCCUCGUUUGGAGGUGUCCACGCUGAAGAACUACACCAGCCGGGGCAGUCGUGGAUCUGGGUGCAGUGUGGCCCCCGGGACCUGUGAAUACUUGAACCCCAUCACCACCCAUGGUCCUCGUCUGCCUAAGCCCUCCUUGGGUGGGGUGGGGGUGUCUCCUCUAUCUUGCACAACACAGGGGUAAGGGGAGAGAAAAUUCUUGAUUAAGCCAAAUACAGGGAGGAGAGGCAGACGGGUCCCCCACCUCACCCUCCGACUGUGUCUGGAAAUAAACUGUGCAAUCCCCCCAACA